CUCUCUCUCUCUCUCUUUCCCCUCGUCCUCUCUGCAUUUCCCCCCGGUUUCCACCCUCGCUGCUCCUCCUGUGUCCCUCCUGUGAGCCACUCGUCCCAUCCAUCGCCGUCGCCACCAACGAUGAAGGUCGCCCGCCAGCACUCCAAGGGGAAGGCCCCCCGCACCAAGGAUGGCCGUAAGGACCGGCUUGGUGGCAAGGCCGCUACUCCGACCGCCACCUCCACCAAGAAGGCUGACCCGGUGACCUUCCUAGAUCUGAACCUCAGCGACAAGACCAUUGCCGGCUUGACCAAGUCCAAGUACACCAAAAUGACUGAGAUCCAGAAGCGCGCCAUCCCCCUGGCGCUGACUGGGAAGGAUAUUCUCGGCGCGGCGAAGACCGGCUCUGGCAAGACCCUGUCCUACCUGAUUCCGAUGCUUGAGCGCUUGCACAAGCAGAGUUGGUCUCGUGUCGAUGGUAUUGGUGCCAUCGUCCUUUCGCCGACGCGCGAGCUGGCUCUUCAAAUUUUCAAUGUCCUGCGCAAGGUCGGCCGGGAGCACAACUUCUCGGCCGGUCUGGUGACCGGUGGCAAGGACCUGCAGGCCGAGGCCGGCAGCAUUCGCCACAUGAAUAUCCUCAUUUGCACCCCGGGUCGACUGCUGCAGCAUCUGAGUGAGACGCCGGACUUCAACUGCGACAACCUGUCGAUGCUGGUCCUGGAUGAGGCCGAUCGGAUCUUGGACAUGGGCUUCGCCAAGACGCUGAACGCCAUUUUGGAGUACUUCCCAAGCGAGCGCCAGACGAUGCUCUUCUCCGCCACGCAGACCAAGUCCCUGUCGGAUAUUGCCCGGCUGUCGAUGAACGACCCGGAGUAUGUGGCCGUGCAUGAGGCGUCUGCGCAUGCCACUCCCCAGGCGCUGCAGCAAACAUACAUCACUUGUGCCCUGCCGGAGAAGCUGGAUGUCCUUUUCUCCUUCCUGCGCAACCACCCGCGCAUCAAGUGCAUUGCCUUCCUUUCCAGCUGCAAGCAGGUCCGCUUUGUGCAGGAGACUUUCCACCGCCUGCGCCCGGGCAUUCACUGCAUGGCCCUGCACGGGAAGCAGAAGCAGCUCAAGCGCAUGGCCAUCUUCGAGGACUUCCUCCGCCGAGAGCACGCGGUCCUGUUCGCCACCGACAUUGCCGCUCGCGGUCUUGAUUUCCCUUCGGUCGACUGGGUCGUGCAGGUGGACUGCCCGGACGAUGUGGAUACCUACAUCCACCGGGUGGGGCGGACUGCUCGCUUCAACUCGGCCGGGCAGUCCAUGAUGCUGCUGCUGCCGAGCGAGGAGCCGGCCAUGAUCAAGCUGCUGGAAGAGCGCCGGGUGCCGGUGCAGAAGAUCCACAUCAACCCGGCCCAUACGGUGUCCAUCUCCAAGCAAAUGGUGUCCUUCGCCACGCAGGACGCCGAGGUGAAGUACCUCGCCCAGCGGGCCUUCGUCUCGUAUGUCCGGUCCAUUUUCCUGAAGUCCAACAAGGAGGUCUUCGAUGUGACGGAGCUCCCUCUCGAGGAGUACGCCUAUUCGCUGGGGCUGCCGGGCGCGCCGCGCAUUCGCUUUGUCACGAAAUCCAAGGCCCUGAAGAAUGCCUCGCGUGACAUCCAGCAAGUCCUGGAGUCCAUCGAGGAGACGGAGGAGAAGGACGACAAGGAGGCCAAGGGCCAGCUGGCCUCGGACAGCAGCGAUGCCGACUCGGACGGCGGGGAGAGCUCGGACUCCGGCUCGGACUCCGGCUCGGACUCGGACUCCGACGCCGAGGGCAAGAAGCCCCUGCUUGACGGCUUGAACCCGCGCAACCGGCCCUCUCAGCGGAUGGAGAAGCUCUUCCGCCGGUCGGGCACCCGGCUGACUGCCACGCGCGAUGUCAUCCAUGACAGCAGCUCGGAUUCCGGCUCGGAGUCGUCCGACGCCGGCAGCGAUUCGGACUCCGAUGAUCUCUUCAAGAUCAAGCGUCACGACCAUGAGCUGGCCGAGGAGAUUGAUGCCAUCAAGCUCCUGCCCUCCGGGCCCCAGUCGCACCGUGACAAGUUGAAGACCCUGAAGCGUCACCGGAUGAAGACCCUCGGCUCGGGCACGCGCACCCUCUUCGACGAGGAGGGCGUUGGCCGGGAGCUGAAGUUCGUCGAGGACGAGUCCACCUUCCAGCAUGACACCGCGGUUCUGCAGGCCGAGGAGUACAUCGCUCGCGAGCGGGAGACCCUGCAGGUGGCCGACAUCCAGGACAAGGAUCUUCAGAGGCUGAAGCUGCGCGAGCGCCGUGUCCUGGCCAAGAUGAAGGAGAAGCAGGAGGCCGGCGAGAUUGAGAGCGCCCGGGUGGCCUUCGAGGAGUGGCGCAAGGCGCGCGACGAGAAGAUCGCUGCGCGCAAGGCCGCCGGCGCCGCCCGGGCCAUGCGCUCUGACGAUGAGGAUGACAUGGAGGAGGAUGCCGCUCCCCCGGGGGACGAGUCCUCGUCCGAUGAGGAGGAUGCUUUCCGGUCGCCGGCUGGCAGCAAGCGCGGCUACUCGCCGGCUGGGGAGGACACCUCGCCGGCCAAGCGUGCCCGCCCGGCCGAGAUCCCAGCCACCCUCGAGUCCCAGGAAGACCUCAUCCUGCAGAUGCUCAACUCUUGAUUCGCCAGAGGACGCGCGUCGUGCGCACCCGCUAUCCCCCUCCCCCCCCGCCUCCCUCCUCUGGGAGGCAGUGUGUGUGUGUGUGUGUGUG